AUGGGUGGUUACCAAGGCGCGUUCCCUCGCAUAUACGAGGGAAAGCUCGCUCUAGUGACAGGAUCCGCACGAAGUAUCGGGGCCGCAAUAGUACAAAACUUGGCCAGCAAGGGCUGCAACGUGAUCAUCAACUAUGCAACCGAGGCCUCCGACGCACCCGCAACAGCACUCGCCGCCAAUCUCGAAAAGGAAUACUCAGUGCGCGCACUAUCCAUAAGAGCAGAUAUUACCUCGCGGGAGGAAUGCGCGAGGAUCGUGACAAGCGCAAAAAAUGUUUUUACAGACUCGCACACAGGAUCCUUCCAAAUCGACAUCAUCGUUCACAACGCCGCGGUGCUAUACCUCGGCCCACUGGAAUCAGUCAAAGAAUCCGAGUUCCAUCGAAUAUAUGAAGUAAAUGUCCUUGGGCCACUUUUACUCACUGGUGCCUGCAAAGAGUAUCUUCCCACUGAUCGCUCGGGGCGUAUUGUAAUGUUAUCGAGUAUUGCUUCGAAAACGGGAACGGAGAACACUUCGCUUUAUUCGGGAACUAAGGGUGCUAUUGAAGCCAUGACACGUGUGUGGUGUCGUGAGCUGGCCGAGAGAGCCACGGUCAACUCGAUCAACCCUGGUCCUGUCAUGACGGAUAUGUACAUGUCUGCGCCCGAUGAGGUCAAGGAGGGGCUUUCAUUGUGGAAUCCACUCACGCCGUUGGUGCCCGUUCGGGAGACUGAUAGCCCAGAGGUGAGGGAGUUGGGGGAAAAGUUUGGAGGGAGAGCGGCGUAUGCUGAGGAGAUUGCUGGUUUAGUUGCGACGAUCUGCAAUGCGGAGUUUGGGUGGUGUACUGGGAGUGUUAUUUCUGCAAAUGGAGGGUUGUCCUUUAGUACUUAA